UCGUAGUGGCUGGUCCAAAAUAAACACCAUUUGGGACCCUGGUUCGAUUGUGACGCAGUUGAAAUUAGCUUCUCCCCACAGCCCCCCACGCACGCUUCCGUCCUGACGCAACGGCGCGCCUGCCUUCCGCACUGCGGGCUCGCCAGAGGCUCGGCCCUAGUCAGUUUCCCGGCGCAUGCGCAGGCCCCUUCCCGGACGUCUCCGCGCCCUGCGUGCGUCAAGAUGGCAGCCUCCGUGUCGAGCACGCUGCUGAGGCGGCUUCUUAGUCUUUCUACCUUCAGAGGUGCCUACGGAGUUCAGGUUCCUAUACAGACUCUUUGUAGCAAAGCCCCCUCUGAGAAAGAGUCUUUGCCUCCAGUUCCUGUUUCUCCUUAUGAAGACGAACCCUGGAAAUACUUGGACUCAGAAGAAUACCAGAACCGCUAUGGUUCUCGUCCUGUCUGGGCUGACUACCGUCGCAACUACAAAGGUGGUAUACCCCCACAGCGGACCCGAAAGACGUGUGUUAGAGGGAAUAAAGUUGCUGGGAAUCCCUGCCCCAUCUGCCGAGAUCACAAGUUGCACGUCGACUUUAGGAACGUGAAGCUCUUGGAGCAGUUUGUCUGCGCCCACACUGGCAUCAUCUUCCACGCCCCGUACACAGGGGUUUGUAUGAAGCAACAUAAGAAGCUGACCCAGGCCAUCCAGAAAGCCAGGGAUCACGGUCUCCUCAGUUACCACAUUGCCCAGGUUGAACCCCGGGACCUCGACUUCAGCACCUCUCAUGGAGCUGUGAGUGCCACUCCGCCAGCCCCCACGCUGGUUUCAGGUGACCCCUGGUACCCCUGGUACAACUGGAUACAGCCACCGGAGAGAGAACUGUCCCGCCUUCGCCGGCUCUAUCAGGGCCAUCUCCGAGAAGAGAGCGGCCCCCCACCUGAGUCAAUGCCCAAGGUGCCCCCCACACCACCAGCCGAAGCCGCCUCCCCUGAGCAGAUGGGCCAGAGUGCUGUGUAAGAGUGUAGCCAGGAAGCCGGCCCAAGGGUUAAGGGGUGGAGCCUAGGACUCUGUGGCCAGUGGCCGACUGGGGAAGAAAAUGAGACUAGAAGAGGUCAGUAGAGGCAGUGAGACCCCAGCCCCUAAGGACUGUAAACAGAUGGGCUAAAUAUUGUCGCUGUUUCAGGCUCUGCCAGCUCAGCUUCUCCACAAUAAACUCUGCCUCCUGUCUCCCA